CGAGGGCUCAUAAGAAGAGAGGGAAAUUUGGAACAACUGUAUACGAGAUGAAAAUCGUUUGUGGAAAAGCUAGAUAAUUAGAUAUUGAGGAAUUAAAUCUUUCUGUGGUUCUUCUGAACUGAACGGCUAAAGCUCGCUCCUUUUUGUGUCAAAAUGGAGGGUCUUUCUGAAUCAUUUGCAGCCAGUUUCACUGUUUCCUCUGACCCAAACGACACCGCAGCGCCUCAUCCAAGGUAAGAUCGUCCGUGUAAAGCAGAAUUCAGUACAACCUGAGUGUCCUGUUCCUUCCAAGUUAAAGUCUAUCCUCAGAAAUACCUUAAAAUUCGUCUAAGGGGUUUGAGUGUGUGAGAAUCGAAAAACUCCCUGUUGUGUACGUGUAUGUACAGAUCUUGCCCCAUUUGCAAAAACGAGACUUAAAGAGCUUAUCUCAGACAUUUGUAUCCUUGAAAGACUGUCAGCAUAGAACUUGGCUCUACACAUCCAGGGUAAUAUGUAGAGAGUUCCCCCCAGUCCCUGUACCCCACCACUGUCCCCUGCCCUCCCCCGCCCCCUCAAAGAGAUCCCCUAAAUGAAAGAGUACACCAUAAUUUUCCUAGGGAAUUACCAGUUAGCUAUUCUCUAGGCUUGAAGUUAAGCAGUGGGUGUUUGUGUUAAUGUAAACAUGUAAUUUAUAAUUUUGUUCAUCCAAACAUAUAAGCAUUUCAUGAAGUCACUAUAAAGUUCAUUGGAUGUUGUAUUAUUACUGACUAUAAUAAAGCCUCUAAUACAUUGACUUACUGGCUACCUCUUCAUUGGUGUAAAAGGAGAUUCUCACUUAGUAACACAAUAACUUAGUUGCUACAUUUGAGCUGGUAUAAGGGGAAAUCCUCGGAAAGCUGGUAACACAGUGACUCUUUUCUAUCUUAAAUAGGAAUUUUGGAGACUGCUCUCUGUUGUUUGUGCAAAAAAGGCCAAGGAAACAUUAAUCUAUCUUUUCUGGGAAUGUUCAGGAACGAAAACCUUUUGGGGAAGGGUUCAUUGUUUUUUCGUUUCAUUUCAUUUGAUACCAGCCUCACACGUUUUGGAUAUCUAUGAAUGUUUAGAUUUUAGAGGAGAGAAAGGUGAAAUUUUAAGCCAUUGUUUGCUCCUCACAAGAUAUUAUUAUUUAUUGCUGUAAAUUUACGAACAUAUCUCCAUCUAUCAGAGAAUAUGCGCAACAGCUGAAAUAUAAUUUAGAAAUUGAAAAACAAAUAUCUAUCGUGACUGAUUCACAGAAUAAAUUUCAACAGAAGUGGGACAAAAUACCUCAUGCACUAUGACUGCUAUAUAGUUUGCAGGCAGGCUCCAAAUGUGAGGCUGCUCGCAGGCUAUAUCUUACUCUCCUUAUGCUGAUUUUAAGCCUCUGAAAAUCAAUUUCUGCUAAACACUGUACUUUUGGGUUUUUUUUUUACAAGCUCUUACUCUUAUCAAUCCCACCCACAAUUUAGCCUUUUUUUUUUUGUAGCUGUUAAUUUUUUGUGAAUUAGUUUCUCUUUUUUUUGUGUGUAAAUGAUGUUGCUCUAAAUAUGUGUGUAUUAUCACAUUGUACAUAGUAAGUAGAACAAUGUAAGUAGCUUAAAUAUUAAUUGUAUCUUAAGCAUACUGUAAGUAGUGUAAUGCAAUGUAUGUAGAGAGUCCCGUGAAAGGAACCUUAAUGUAGUUAAUGUAAGUAUCGUGUUGUAAAAAAAAAAAAAAAAAAAAAAAAGUAACACAGUGACUUAAAGGCUACUUUUGCAUCUAUGUAAAGGGGAAUUUCUAAGAUAGCCAGGAACACAAUGACUCAACCACAAUGGUGGGUCCACAAUCUGCACUGAAAUAUUUAUAAGGUAAAAUAAUGACCAUGGAAACUGUUUAGUGCCGUAGAAUUUUAAAAGUAGUGGUUUUUCAUUAUUCUUUAUUUUGAGCCACCAUGAUGUUGAUACUGUGGUUAACUGAGAACAUUUCCUGUAUACAUGCAUGUAGAUUUAUGUUGUUGCUGCUAUGGCUAAAGAAGAUGCCUUUGCAUGUUUAUUAUAUUUGAGUUGUUGUAAUAGUAAACGCUGACUUACAUGUAUUUGCCAUUAGGAUGACACAGUAUAAAAUGAAGCCCAGCAACACCCCAGAUCAGUUUUUAAGAAGAAAAAGAAUGUUGGAGGAGCAGAAAAGGUAUGUUAUGUCUCUGUGGAAAAUGACUGAAAUCAUACAUAUACAUGCUGUGAUACUAAAGUUAUGCUUUCCUUUUUUUUACUAUCUUUUCAUGCAUCUUCACAUCAUUUCCAAGUUAUAAAUGACUUCAUAUAAUCAGUUGAUGUGGGAAAAUGUUAUUGGUAAUGUAGUGUAUUGUGCUGUAUUUUUUACUGUAUGUGAUGUUGUACUGUCUAUUCUCAGACACAGGCGAGAUUAUGUCAACUAUGCAAGAAAACUGGUGGAAGGAUCUUUAGAAAUUGAAGAUGUUGAUAUAGAGGUAAACAUGCUUUGAAUUAUAUUAAUUCAAUUUCUUUUAAUUUCUUUUAUUGAUUAUUUUAUCUGCCAUUCACUGUAAGUUUUGGAAAUGGUUGUACACUGUAGGAGAUGGAGUUUAUUGAGGAGAGUGACAAGAAUAGCAGGAGAAGGCAUAAAAAGAAGUUUAAUCCUUAUGCAUAUCAGGUGUGGCUACUACACUUAAAACUGUUAACAUCUCAAAAGUAUGAUACACUUUACCUUUCUCCUAUUAUGAUUAAAAUUUUUCAACUCUUUGAAAACUUCUAAUUUUGCUCAGAAACCAAAAGUGAUUCAGUUUCAGACCAUUCUAAAUAUGUUUUUUAUAUCUUGCUCAUAGUGAAGUUAAAGAAAGUCAUUCAUUCUCUUUCCUUUGUCAGCAUAAUUAUUUUUUACUACAUGGUAUAGAUUAGGAUCAAUUUUUUUGCUCAGUAAAUUGAUUUUUUUUCCCUCCCUUUUGUUCUCCUUUUUGUUAGUUGAUGUUAUCAGAGUGGCUUGUUGAUAUUCCUGAUGAUUUGAAGGAGGACUGGUUGAUGGUGAUUUGUCCAGUGGGCAAAAGAAACCUUGUUAUUGCUGCAAAUGUAAGUUAACUCUUUGACACCCAAGAUCUCAUUAGUAAUACUCCUUUCUGUAUGCCAUACAAUUCUUAUGAUGCUAGCUCUGAGAAUUUGGCACUGGAUCAACUAGAAAAUCCUCAAACUUAUAUUUUUCUUUAUUCUUAUAACCUGUCUGAUUGAUGUUGUAUUGAUAUUGUAAGGAGAAAUUCUGUCUUGGUCACACAUGGGAGUGAAAAGGUUAAAUUAAAAUGAACAACUUAAAGUAGCUUUCAUGUGGCUUUCUUCACCACAUGCUUCAAAACAUUAGCUCUUCUACAUGGUGUGAGUUGUACCUAUUAAAGAUUUGAGGUCCACUGUAGCUCACAAUUUUCAGUUCACAAAUGAUUUUGGGGAGUUGAAAUCUGUAAAAAAAAAAAUUCCUACCAUCUCAUAAGAAAUACUACUGUGUGUAACUUUGUUAUGUGAACUGUAAUAGUUUAAUUUUCCAUAUUAUUGUAAACAAUACAGGGAUAUACUGCCGCAUACACUAAAAGUGGCUACAGAGUGAAUAAGUUUUCCUCGUUGCUGCCAGGCGGAAGUCCAAAAACUCUCAAACCUGGAGGUACAAAGCCAUUAUUCAAGUUAUGAGAACAAUGGUAGAGUAAAUAAUCUGGAUUAACUCUUUAACUCCCAGAAGUGAUUAACAUAAAACUUCUCCCAACAAUAUCCAUACAUUCUUCAGCAAACAAGUAAUGAGAAUAUUCAAACUUGUCAAGUAGAAGCUGCUAUCUUGAUCUAGCACCAAGUUCUCAUUACUAAUUUACAAGGAAAUGUGUAACAGCUACAGGGGAGAAUUAACAAUCAGAUCUUGGGAGUUAAAGGGUUAAUAUAUCAAUAGCUAUCACAACUAUUUUGCUUUUUGGGCAUCAAGUAUGGUGAACUUCCCUUGCUCAAUGUACUUGUUAUUUGCUUUUAAGUUCUCUUUUGAGAUGGAGGUGUCAAGGCCAUAACUUUCACAGUUUAAUUUUCUUUUCCUUUUGUUUUCUGGCUUUAUAGUCUCUUCAACCAGGAAUUCAUUGAAUCUCAAAUAAUUUAGAGCUUGUAUUAGUAUAUAUUAAGUAUAUGAGGUAAUUGUAUAGACUGGGUUUGCUAAUCAGAAACCUAAAACUACAUACAAGUACAUAUAUUUCUACACUUUGGAAAUUAUCUGUUUUAUACAUAGAUUACACCAUCUUGGACUGUAUCUUCAAUGAACUCACAAACACAUUCCAUGUGUUGGAUGUUAUGACCUGGAGAGGUCAUCCUGUGUAUGACAGUGAGGUACAGUACAUGUAGCUCUGCAUUACUACUGAUAAGGCUCAUUAUUUUUUACAGUCACCAUUUGUAGUUAAUUUUGUGAUCUCUGAUUUGUAAGCUGUUGGCAACCUAUCAUGAAAUGCAUGAAGGGCUAGCGAAGGGCUAAUGCUUGAAACGUCAGCUUUGAAACUCUUUAUGGUGACCAAUUUACAUUAUAAACUCAUUUGAUGAAACCUAAUUACCUGGUGACUAAUAUCAUUGUUUUUCUUUAUCAUUUUUCCAUCUUUCAGACAGAUUUUAGGUUUUACUGGCUGCAGACAAAGCUUCAGGAAGAGCCAUUAGUGGCACAAGUGUCAGGUGACAACCCAGUAAGAGAAUUGGAAUUUAUUGGUCCACUCAUUCAGGGAAAGUAGGAACGGUGCUUUGAACUUAAUUCCAGACUUUUACAUGAGGGUUGAGUUUGACACUGGAGUUUGACCUUGGUCUAGGCUUUCAUGUGUGGAUUACUGGAUUUUCUCUCUCCACAAAAACCAACUUCCAAUUUCCAUUUCAAGCCAGAAUUAGAGUAUGAAGUCCCAUUUUGAGGAUCCCAUGCCUUUGCUAAAUUACAUUUGUAUAUUUUUCAUUUAUUUAUUCAUAUUUGUUCUGGUGGAAAAAGCACUGUAAAACAAAUAAAAAAAACAAGGUGAAAUUUUGAAAACUGGUAGAAACAAAGUCAAGAGGGAAAUCCUGAGUUUGAUGCGUGAGAGCUCAAUCCACGGAACACACACUUUAAUUAACAUGUCUCCGCUCGUCAUUUAUCAGUACAGGUUUGUCAGUUUGCAUCAUCAUCCUUGUCAUGCCAGUUCCAUUAAUGAAGCUUUGAGCAGUGUCACAUCAGUCAAUGAGGUAAAAGAAAAAAUAACGUCUGAUCAGGAGUAGUGUCUUGGAAAUAUUUCUGCCACAAUUAUUUUUCAAGCAAAUUGGCAAAAAGGGAAACACAGAAGAUCAUUUAAUCCACAUUUUUUUUGCUCCAAGGUAGUCAAGUGUUAGAGCAUCAUUCACGGCAUGAAUUUGAUUUGAAAAAAAAAAAAAAAAAACAUCUGUAAUCUUCGGCAGUAGAGUGCUACACUUGAUCCUAUAAAAGUGAUGGACAAAUAACUUCUCUUUACGAUACUACAAUAGAUAUUCGAGGGAACAGGUAAGGAGAGUAGACUGACCUAUCAGCUCAAGGUUUCGUUUCUUGACAUAUGCGUCAAAUUAUGGAAACUAAUAUACAAGGAAGGAUGGAGAAUUUAUAAGUAAAAAAUUACUCACAAGUCCAUGAAGGUGGAGUGGUUGAUGGUUUAUGUAGCAUUGUCUUAAAUGACAUCCUCUUAAUUAGCUUAAAGCUGAACAGUUUUGACGAAGGAACGGGCAAAGAGGGGUAUCUCUCAUUAUCCAUUCUCAUGCUUUAUCGGUUUGAUAUUGAAAGCUUUUAAAAUUAUUUUAGGUCGAUGGUUUGUUGUUCUUUCACAAGAGGACGCAUUACACUUGCGGGAGAACACCGCUGGUUGGCUGGUUAAAACCGUACAUGCUUCCUGAAAUAUUGGGGCUCCCCGUGCCAGAUACAUUCAUGGCAGGGGUUCCUGCGGUAAACAAACUCACUUUACUGAAGUCGAACAAGGAGUUACGAGACACCGAUGAGGAAAAGAGGUUGGCGAGAGAGAACUGUGUGUUUGAGGAGAAAAUGGACACUCAGUCGUCCCUGAAAACAAAGAGGAAACAGGGACGAAAAUAUGCUUCUGAAACUGGUGCAGGAAUGGAGGUGGAGGAAGAAUCAAAAGAAAAUAUACAACACGAGGACAAGAAUGAAAAGAUGGAAGUUUCGAAAAGAACUUCUCGUCGAAGAAGGCGUAAGAAAGGCGAUGAUGAUAUGGAUGUGAGUCAGACUGACGAAACAAUAUCUUGAAGUCGUUAAGACCUCUUAAUUGCAGGCACAACUAUUAAUGAAGUAGGCUUUCUCGGCGAUCCUUUUGAGUGCAAAUCAUAUCGUUUCUAAACAUACGGACGAGACCAGGAACCGGUUCCUCAGUGGCUGAAACAAGUCUAGUGAAGCCUGAGCCUCCCCAGUCCUCCCACAGUUAUACUUCAUGUUUUAGUAUGGAUCGUUUAAGGUGGCCAUUUUGUUGCUUCGUCUUUUUCCACACAGGAACUAUUUCUUAUUUAAUUCAAUUUAUUUUUUUGUGCAAAUACAAAUAUGCCCUACAUGUACGUCGGGCUUUGCUUGUCCCGCGAACACAAUGACGGAAAAGUACUGCUGCAAUUUUCUCUCCUAUAACGAAGAAGUCAUUUCAGCUCGACAAGAAACAAC